AUGCAAGAGCCACCCCUCCUCCGAGCAGAAUUCCACCACAUGCGAAAAGGCGACGUCGAACGCUCGGCCCGAGGUGCAGCCGGCUAUUCCCAAUCGGGUAUCCGACACUACAGUACGGAUAUUACCAAAGAGGACAUGCCAGGAGACAGCACUAUGCUGUUGUCGGUGAUACGCGGCAGUGCCCCUCUUGAUCCUAUUACUCAAUUCCCCACCAAGGACGACGGAACUAUGGCCCCAUCUUGCCCAUCCAGUAGCGACAAGGGCCAGGUCGAUAACCUUGAAGAUGUAGAGAUGGAUGAAGCGACUGCCAAAAAGCUAUUGAGAAAGAUUGACUGGAAGCUCAUGCCAGUUAUGUGCUUCACCUACGCCCUCCAAUACUAUGACAAGGCUGUCUUGAGCCAGGUCGCGAUAUUUGGCUUGAGAGAGGAUCUGGAGAUUGAAGAUGGUCUCAAAUACUCCCCUGAGGAGGCUUCAGGCUUCACCGAUCAAGAACGACAGUUAUUACUGGAGCGUAUCAGGUCUAAUAACUCGAGUGGGGAGAAUCGAGAUUUCAAGUCCUAUCAACUGAAGGAGGGCCUGAUGGACUACCAGCUGUUGGCAAUUCUUGUCCUUUCCAUUACCUCAACCACGGGCUCUGGGGCAGUGACUACCUUUGACUCGAUUAUCUUCCACGAUAUGGGUUUCGACACCUUCACAUCACUCUUGAUGAAUCUACCCAUUGGUGUUUUGGCUUUUAUCUGUAUUCUUGGGUCUGGAUUUCUAGGCAGGAAAUUCGCAGGUGCUCGAUUAUACAUCAUUGCCAGCUCCUGCUUACCGGUCAUCCUUGGCUGCGCCUUACUGUGGCAACUCCCAGCCUUGAUGCUGGCAGGACGCAUUGUCGGGUUCUAUCUCAUCAACUUCUUUUCCUCCGCGUGGUCUCAGUGUAUCGGUUUAGGAACGUCGAAUGCGGCUGGUCACACGAAGAAUGCCGUGUACGCCGCAAGUACAUUCGUGGGUUAUUCGAUUGGAAAUAUAAUAGGACCGUUGAUAUUCGAUAUAAAAUACUCUCCACGGCACAAUCAGAGCUUUACAGGCCUCAUGGUGUGCUUUUCAAUCUGCUUCUGCGCCUCGUUUGCCCUUCGAUGGGCUCUUGUCGCCGAAAACCGCUCCCGAGAUACAGAUACUAGCACUCAGUCCCCCAUCGAGAGCUCGGAUCUGACAGAUAAGGAAAACAAACGUUUUCGAUACAACCUAUAG